AUAUUUGCUUAAUACUUUAAGGGAAGAUAUAAUUUCCUAAGUGACUUGUAUCAGCUUUGAGUAAAAAUGUAGAAACAUGUAAUAUCUGUCUUUAUCCACACGGGGACGCUUUGACAUUGUUUUUCCUACUCAGGGGUGAGAGGUCGAAGUGGAAAGGUCUUGCUGGGGUUUGACAACCAACCAGUAGUUUUCAUGCAUUGAUGCAGUAAUGUCGACAUCACAUCAGAGCAGGCUGUGAGCAGGUUUAUAAACUGAGGAAGAACAUUGCAUCUGGUCGUCCGUUUAUCUAGGAGGUCCACACCGACCGAGUCUUCUGGAGGGAAUCGUAAAGUUAAAUCAGAGAAUGGAUGCAGCCUGAAGCUCUCUGGAAUGUUGGUGGUUAUCGUUUUUGGCUGUUCGAUGCAUGUCUUGCAUGAUACCUAACGGGGCUUUAUAUGCUGCUGGGAUCAAUGAAGCCUGGGGAGGCUUUCAAGUUGGGCUUUUUUGGAAGGGUUGAAAAGAGGUGUCUGGAUGCUCCGUGGCGCACUGUCCUCGGCCGCCCUGUGCUUCCCAAUGGCCGGGAGUUGACCACAAGCACCAGGAUGACGCUGCGCGAGCAGCUGAGAGGGACGAUCUCGGCGGCCUUUUACCGGCACGGCCUGCUCUGUGCAUCCUACCCAGUCGCCAUCAUCCUUUUCACUUCUGCCAGCAUCCUCACCUGCUGCUAUCCGUUGCUGAGGCUUCCCCUGCCUGGGACAGGUCCCGUGGAGUUCACCACAGGGCUGCGAGAUUAUAGUAUCCCUUCCCAUGAGCCCCAGGGAGACUUGGAACGACCUGACUGGUACCACGGACCUCCGGUCGCCUACAUCCAGCAGGUGUUGGUGAAGGCAGCGGUGUCACCAUGGGACAGCAGCCUUGUGCCGGUGGAUGUGUUUCGGUCACCUCUGGGUAAAGUCUUCAGUCUGCUGGAGGAUAUUCGCAACCAUGUCCACUCCGAUGGCUCUGGCGUUCGAAGCCUGGAAACGCUGUGUCUCCAGGUGACAGACCUGUUUCCAGGGUUACGGCGGAUGCAGUCGGUGCUGCCAGAACAUGGCUGCCUCCUUGUCUCUCCUGGCAACUACUGGCAGAACCAGCGGGAUCUGUUCGACUCGGACUCGGACCUCCUCAAGACCAUUCAGAAACAUGAGCCAAAGGGACUGCACACCUCAGCAACGCUGCGAGACCUGCUGUUCGGCGUCCCUGGAAAGUACACAGGAGUCAGUCACUACAACAGGAAAAGAGUUGUCACAUACACAAUCACUGUGGUUCUUUCCAGCUAUGAUGCAGGCUUUCUGAGUAGCUUGCGGACCCGUCUGAAGCAGCUUCACCCAUCUGCCAACUGCAGCCUGAGAGACGACCACAUGGUUCACAUCCACUUCAAGGAGGAGAUCGGCAUCGCUGAACUCAUUCCCCUCGUCACCACAUACAUCAUCCUUUUCGCCUACAUCUACUUCUCCACUCGUAAGAUCGACAUGGUCAAGUCUAAGUGGGGCCUGGCUCUGGCUGCUGUGGUCACAGUGCUCAGCUCCCUGCUCAUGUCUGUGGGACUGUGUACACUGUUUGGACUGACACCCACGCUGAAUGGAGGCGAGAUCUUUCCUUACCUUGUAGUGGUGAUCGGCCUGGAAAACGUGUUGGUCCUCACAAAGUCUGUGGUUUCCACCCCUGUUGACCUCGAGGUCAAACUUCGCAUUGCUCAGGGCCUUAGUAAUGAGAGCUGGUCUAUCAUGAAGAACAUGGCCACUGAGCUGUGCAUCAUCCUGAUUGGAUAUUUCACUUUGGUACCAGCUAUCCAGGAGUUUUGUCUUUUCGCGGUUGUGGGCCUCGUCUCUGACUUCUUCCUGCAGAUGUUUUUCUUCACAACAGUCCUGUCUAUAGACAUUCGCCGUAUGGAGCUGGCUGACCUGAACCGCCGCCUGCCCGCCGAAGCCGGUCUCCCCCCAUCAAAACCGGGACCUCUGCGAACACGUGAGGUCCCCCCUCCACCACGACCCUCCCCCCACACAAUCACCCUGCAGACUCCGGCCUUCAGGAACCUCAGACUCCCGAAAAGACUGCGUGUUGUGUACUUUCUGGCCCGCACGCGGCUGGCCCAGCGCAUCAUAAUGGCUGGAACGGUAAUCUGGAUCGGUAUCCUCGCCUACACUGACCCGGCUGGAAUCCGCACCUACCUGGCUGCGCAGGUGUCUGAGCAAAGCCCUCUGGGGGACCCCGGAGGAGGCGGUUUAAACCCCCAUCUGGCAGUGGCCCCAGUUUUCCGUGGCGGAGAUCCUACCAGCACCUUGAGCAUCCACUCCGCACCCGAUCCAACUCCUCUACCUGAAAACCAAUCACAGGGCCACCUUGGCCCGGCAGACCCUCUUCCCCAUGCCCUGCCCUCUGUGCCUCAGAUCACCUGGGGGGGCGAAGAUGAGGAGGGAUGGAGGAAACUUUCUUUCAGACAUUGGCCAUCGCUUUUCAGCUACUACAAUAUCACUUUAGCAAAGAAGUACAUCAGCCUGCUCCCGGUAAUUCCUGUCACCAUUCACUUGAGCCCCCAGGAGGCCAUUGACACGCGUCACCCUCAGGAUACGAGGCACCCUCCACCACUGAUCCCUAAAGCUUCUGCAGAUACACAGACAGACCUCACCCUCUACAAGGUUGCUGCUUUGGGCCUGGCUGCAGGGGUCCUGCUGGUUCUUCUGCUCUUCUGCCUCUACCGCGUUCUCUGCCCCCGUAACUACGGCCGAAACGGUGUCAUUCACGGCCGGCGGCGGCGAGGGGACCUGCCCUGUGACGAUUACGGUUAUUCUCCACCUGUCAGUGAGAUCUCACCUCUGCUGCUGAGGGGCCACAGUAUGGACAUUGAGUGUUUGGCUAGUGAUGGGAUGUUGCUGGCUAGCUGCUGUUUGGCGGGACAGAUCCGUGUUUGGGAUGCUCAGACUGGUGACUGUCUAACCGUAAUCCCAAAGCAAGAAUUAAGACGAUGCAGCAGCAGUGGCUGCUGGGAGCAGCGAGACGUCUGGGACACCAUGAGCGGAGCUGCAGAGUCAGAAUGUGCCUGUGAAUCUCGAGACCUCCCCAUCAGCUGUGACGGGAUAUCAGAGGAGGAUUGUUACCCACUGAGACGUCGCAUUGCACCUAUUCGGCCUCCUCUCUUUACUGACCAGCCUGAUCUUACUCCACUCAUCGACACAAACUUCACAUCCCAGCCACCCUCCAACCUCUCCACGCCACCCAGAGGAGGGUUUGACUUUGGAGGCCUGGUAGAACGUGCCUACAUGGAGCACGAGCCUCCAUCACCGUCUACCUACCCAUCUCCUUCCUCUACCUCCUCCUCGCCUCCUUCAGCCACACAGCUCCAAAGAAGUCCGAGCCUUGGGGACACAUCUGGACCCUCAAACCAAGAGAGAGGCUCUGGAGCCGGAACACAAUCGGCUGCAGACUGGGAAAGCUCAGUCUGGGCCAUGGAGCUGAGAGGAAAUCUGAUAGCUGCUGGGAGGAGCAGCGGCAAGCUGGAGCUGUGGGAUGCAGUGGAAGGGUCACUGCGGUGCAGUAAUGAAGAUGGAGUCUCUGGGAUCACAGCUCUGGCGUUUCUUAACAACAGAAUUGUGGCAGCACGACUGAACGGGUCGUUAGAUUUCUUCACUGUUGAGAUGAACAAACCUCUUGGUCUGCUGCAGUACAGAGGUGCCUCCGGGCGAAGCAACAUGCCCCCGUCUCCCUGUUACAGCAGCGAGGACUUGAUCAGCUGCCAGCUUACACGCUCUGUGCAGUGUGCCCACCAGAAGCCGAUCACAGUGCUGCGAGCGGCCGCUGGCAGGGUGGUCACCGGCAGCCAGGACCACACAGUCCGGGUUUAUCGUCUGGAGGACUCCUGCUGCCUCUUUACCCUGCAGGGUCACUCUGGGGGGAUCACAGCCAUCUACAUUGAUCAGACGAUGGUUCUUGCCAGUGGCGGGCAGGACGGCGCCAUCUGUCUGUGGGACGUCCUGACAGGAAGCCGUGUCAACCACGUCUAUGGUCACCGUGGCGACGUCACCUCCCUGGUCUGCACUGCCUCUUGUAUCAUCAGCUCGGGACUGGAUGAUGUCAUCUGUAUCUGGGACCGCAGCACUGGGAUCAAACUCUACUCCAUACAGCAGGAGGUGGGCUGUGGGGCAAGUCUUGGUGUGAUCUCGGAGUCUCUCCUGGUGACGGGCGGCCAGGGCUGCGUCUCCUUCUGGGACUUGAACUUCGGCGACCUGCUGCAGACCGUCUAUCUGAGCCAGAGCGGCGACGGUCAGGGUGUCCGGCAGCUCUUGGUGCUCGACAACGCCGCCAUCGUCUGCGACUUCGGCAGCGAGCUUAGUUUGGUCUACGUGCCCUCUGUGCUGGAGAAACUGGACUGAGGAAGAUGGGCAGCUGGCACCGGUGGGAAACACUCAGAACCUCCACUUGUUGCUUUGGUGGCACUAUCAUCACUUUUUCUAUCAAUUAUGAGAAGUUCAGAUGUUGAGAAAGGAAAAACUCUGAGGGUCAUGGGAUAUGAAAUCAUAUCCAUCAUUCCCUCAUCUUUUUUUUUUAAGAGCGAGCUUGUGUGUUUGUUUCGUUGCUCUGCCCUCAAUGCUGCUGACUCGGACGGGACCUUUUGCGAUCCAACCCUUUGAAAGAGAAAGAUGGAGCAGUUUCCUCUGUUUUAUUUUUAUUCCUGCUGUUCGGUUCACUUGACAACAAAAUGAAGCUGACAGUUCUGCAGCCUGCCGGGAGGAACUGGUGUGUGUGUGUGUGAGAGUGAGUGAAUGAAAACCCAACCCGAUAUAUCUUUUUUUUUUUUUUUAAGGAAACACCUGAGAAGAUCUGAUUUGUGAAGAUGUGUGGGCGUGCGUGGUGGAGAACGGAUGAUUACUGUAAAAAGUAAACCUCCGGUGGAGGAUGUGUUUAUGUAUAAAUCUAUUAUUUAUUAGCGGUAUGUUUUUAAGUAACAGUUUGUUUAUGAGUGGCUAAUCCCAACUCAUAAACUUCAAUAUUAUCAAGUGGAAAUAACUAAAUUAAACAUAGGAAGGUGGUUGGCAGCAUUGAGCCCAUGUUUUUAAACUGGCUGUUUUAAUAUUAAGUUGGAAAGUGUUGGAGGCUUUAGAGGAAAACGUUCGUCUCUGAUGCUGCA